GAGAGUGACGUCCAUGUCCUCACUGCAAUCUAACGGGGAUGGGAGACUAGUUACCUGCAGCCCACAUCCUGUCCCGGUACUAUCCGCCAGACGCUGCUGUACGGGACUCUCGUUCAGCGGAACCAUAUAAACGUCAACUCAUUAUCCGGGAAAAGCAGCGUUAAGGUUGCACAGAUGGAAGUGCCUGUGAGACAAGUAAUUGUUCAGCUGACUGGUUUUAGAGAUGCAGAAAAAGAUUCUUUGGCCAGAAUGCUUAGCAAGCUACCCUGUGUGUUUAUUGAUAGUGAAAAAUUCAAAAACUGUACACACUUAAUUGCACAUAAACCUUGCAGAAGUGAAAAGUGGCUAGCCGCCUGUGCUUCAGGAAAGUGGGUACUGAUUAAAGAGUACGUAAUUAACAGUGCAGAAAGCGGCAGAUGGCUUGAUGAAACGACUUACGAAUGGGGAUAUAAAAUGGAAAGAGACGCCCAUUAUUCACCUCAGAUGCAAUCUGCACCAAAAAGAUGGCGCGAACACCUGACGCACACUCGUGCUCUAGGGGCCUUCAGCAGAUGGAAAGUGGUCCUUCUCAUUGAGGAUGCUGAUAAAGAAAGGGAGUCUUUUCUGAGAGUUCUUACAGCUGGGCAAGCAACAAUGUGUGAUGCACAGAACCCAGAGGGAGGAAUCACACACGUCUUUACCAACAAUAAAAGCUUCUUUAAUAAGAAAGAAAGCUGUUAUAAUGCUCCAUAUUACUCUGUGCUGUACCUUGGAGCAUAUCUUCUAGAGGAUCCAAUUGAAAGCAAUUCAAGAGAUAUGACUGAAGAACAGAUUGCAGAGUUAAAAAGUUCCAUAUGGAAGCGAUUUUGUAUGGCACAGGUAUGCCGCCAAAGAUGUAUAGAAAAGUUCACUGGAUAUUACGAGAAGUUUAAGGUUAAACAUAAGGAAAUUGGGCGAUCAAGUUGGAACAGAAUUGAAGAACUAAUAGAAGGACAGUUCUUCACAGAAGCAUUUGGGGAAAUUGAAAGUCUCCUACCUUCGCUGUUCCCUCAGAAAUGUUUCAUGUCUCUGCUCCAGCACUUUAUUCAGGGAAAUGUAGACGUCAGCCAUUUUGGUCGAUUCUUUGGUGUGUUUUCCAACCUCUUAUAUUAUCAUCCUCCAUGGGAAUCUGUUUACAUGUCCCAGUUCUACCUUAAUAUUCUUCAGUGUCCUGUUUGUAAAAAGGGGACCUGGUCCUUCAUCGAAGCCCUUAUACGGUGUUAUAUUGAUGAUGUUUUCUGUUUAUGCCAUGAAACAUUUGAUCUGGGAAUUGAUGCUAAUAAAAGGAGACAAGUUGUUGCAGCAGUCCUGAAAUUUGUCACAAAAAUAAUGCAGGAAGAGGCAAAAUCACUGAGUGCAAGACUCUCUGAUUGUGCAGUGUCCCAGAAGACUUUGUUUCCAUCUUUUAUUGUUGGAGUCUUUUGGCCUGAGACCAGGACUAUGGUGUUUUUAACCAAGAAUUUGACUGUCCUGACAGACCUGGUAAUCUUGUUCCACAAGAAAGCACUUCAUUCUGAGAGUGUGUUGUCCAAAGAGAUUUCCACACUACUGAAUGGAAUGCUGUCUGCUGCUGCUGACUUCUGGAUACUGCUUGGAUUUUACCUGAACAAGAAUUUGCUGCAUCAGGUGGCCAGUGAUUUUGUAUACCACGUCUAUGUUUUGUGUGAAGAGUUUACUUUAGAAGAGAAAGAACAGUUUGUUUGUUCUAUCGCUUCAUCUUGGCUUCAGAUGUUGGUCUCAGAAGUAAUAUUUAAGAACCUUUACCUAGAGAACAGUGUCAACAUGUCCUCUGAGCCAAUAACUUUGGAGAAACUGACCCGCAUGUAUAUCCCAGCUCUCUGGAAAGCAGAGGCAAGUGGCAGUGAAGAAGUCCAGAAACUCAGAGGAAAAAGGAAAAUAGGGCAGCGGCCUUGCCAAGGCGAUGUGCUGCUUGAUCUGCCAAUUUUCCUGAUGCCUCCCAAGAUAUACAACCUGUCUCAGACCCUUGAUGACCCCAAAUUAAUAUCCAUGCCUGCAGGUGUGUUUCUGAGUGAAAACAAUCCAGAGGAAAUCCUACACAGCUCUCCGGAGUGA